AGAUUUAUCAAGGACUUUUCUAAAAUCUCUAGACCUCUUUGUAAUUUACUUGAAAAAGAUUCUGCUUUUGUUUUUAAUGACAAUUGUUUGCAGGCAUUCAAUUUAUUGAAGGAGAAACUCACUUCUGCACCAGUGAUCGUUGCACCUAAUUGGGAGCUCCCGUUUGAGCUGAUGUGUGAUGCCAGCGACUAUGCUGUAGGAGCAGUACUUGGGCAAAGGAGAGGUGAAAAGAGAUUGCUCCAGUUGAAUCAGAUGGCUGAGAUGAGAGAGGAAGCAUAUGAAAAUGCUAGGAUAUACAAGGAGCGAGCCAAGCGAUGGCAUGAUAGGAACAUCCUAAAGCGAGAGUUUUUGCCUGGUCAGAAAGUCCUAUUAUACAACUCUCGCUUGAAGUUGUUCCCAGGUAAGUUAAAAUCUCGAUGGUCUGGACCAUUUGUUAUUUCUAAUGUUUUUCCCUAUGGUGCAGUUGAGCUGAAGUCAGAAGAUGACCGCACUUUUAAAGUAAACGGUCAUCUUCUCAAGCAUUACUUUGAAGGGGAAAAUAUUGAUGGUGAUGCCACUACGGUGGAUCUAGCAAAUUCGGUUGAAGAACUGGAAAAGUCGAACUAACGACUAUAAACUAAGUGCUUCAUGGGAGGCAGCCCAUGUCUGAGAGCUAAAGUCCCUGUUGGCUCUCAAUUCUUUUGCUUCAUUUGUUUUAUUUUGAUUUGCUGUUGGUUUGUACUUUAUCAAGCACCCACUCAUUGGGUAGACUUGGGAUAUUUGCUAUUUGAUUGUUUUAGUUAAGAUGGAU